AUGGCGGUCACAGGAAGAUCACAUGAGGAAAAUGAAAUGGAUGAUGCAGCUGAAAUUUUGGACACAGACGGACCAAGGGAAGUUGGGAAUAAGCGUGGGCGUUUGAAGGACUUUUCCGGUACUGAAUACAAAAUAUUGGUUUGGGCUGGUUGCGUUUACAAGGCCCUCAUGCUUGUUUGCGGCAUGUACAAGACGGAUAUCGAUGUGCUUGACAAGCGCCGAGUCAAGGCUUGGGAAACGGCGUGCGGAAAGUUCAAGAAAAGCAUUGACAAUUAUCCAUUCAAACUCUCUCAUAUGCAAAAUAUGAAUGACCGCCUUGUUAGUUGGCGUACCCACGUGGCAAAUUAUGUGCGGGACAAGGCGGCGGCCAAGUACUUUCCGAAGACCAAUCCAAUGACGUCUAAUGAGCUCAAGGCUCACAUUGAGUGGCUCAAAGCCGGAGGGUUACAUACCAAGCCCGACUUGGCUCCUGGGGAAGGGUAUUUUCAGCACCCACUAAUUCAGACCUGCAUGGAAGAAAUGGUUUUCCAAUUCAAGAAGGAUAUUGGUGUUCAGUUCCCCAAUCUCUUUUGGCAGCCAAGUGCGGAAUUAAUCUGCUUUUUUUGUGCAAUUCUUCAGUUUGUGGUGGAAGAGCGGGAAAUAGGCAAGACUGGCAAGGCGGAUCUAGAGUUUGAAACACAACAAAAGGCGUACAACACGCACCUUACUAGCCACGGGGUCUGGCUUGAACUUGUUUCUGCGCGGACUAUGAGUGUUGGCGUCGGUUCAUCCAAAUCUACUCUACCUGUGGAACCAAAGUCUGUGCUGCGGGCUGAGGAUCUUCAACCAGACAAUCCAGAUCCAGCUGAGCUGGCGGCUUGGGAGGAGGAGAUGGCGGAGCUAACAUCAAAAAAACACAAGGACCCAGAAGGAUGGGGCGGCCUUGACUAUGAUGAGGCCUCCGGACAGGACCAACUCAAGAACGCCAACAAACUCAAACAACCGCUGGUUCACGCUAACGAGGUUAUGCGGAACAGGCGCAUUAUUGAGAAGACUUUGGUUCGCAAGGCAGUACUUCUUGCACCUACUGUGAAGAUCACCCAUAUUGGCCGGAUACCAACAACAGAGGUUACCGUCCUGACCAAAAUGAGAAUCUUUGCGGCCCAGUCCCUCUCAACAAUUGCAAAUGCAUCCCAGCUCUGGAUGGAUAUUGGCAGCGCCACAAUAAUAGUGACAACCGGCCCCGCUACAGCAACAGGUAUUACAUCCAUGCGUCAAGACUACAACCGUGAAUUAAGCUUGGAGAAUCAUGAGAGGAGCAAUUACGGUACAGGUCAUCGACCUAACAACGUAUAUACCCGCACUAGACAAGAUAGAGAUGAGUACGCCCACUUCAACCAGAUUGAGGACUGUCCACCCAACCUCUAUUGGGACUUUGGCAUCAAACCAACCAGCGGCAGCAACUAUGGCGAUGAUCAUGACGAGAAUGGGGAUGCUCGUGGCACCCCAAAGCGUAUGAUUGAAACCUCUUUUGGUGAGGACUAUCCUGCUGAAUUCAAUGGGGAGUACUAG